AAGACUAUUGCAUUAAAUCGCUUUUCAUUCCCUCACCAUGACAGCACCGCGAAUGGAGGAUUUAUGCCUUUUUUUGCUCCCUCGUCGGCUGCCACACGACAUUAAUUGCCCCAUGAUGCGUUUGCCGCUGUAGAUGUGCAUGCGCACCAUCGGUUUGCGCCAACCAACCAACAUCAAGUUCUACUAGUUGCAACGCUGCUGGAAGCCUGUGCGAUCCUGUCUGAUUUUUGCAUCCUUGCACGGACACAUGCACUGAUUUAGACGCCAGAUGUGCGGCGUGAGGGGGGAAUCACACACCAAGACGCAGACUGGUGGACGCCGCAGCACCAGUGGCAUCAGACGCGGGGAAAAGGAGGGAGGGACGGUGAGAUUCGUGCAGCUCCCUCCUUGCGCAUGAAUGAAAGUCACGGUGCAGUUCUCCUCUAAUGUGGGAUUACGCUGCUUUCUUUUCUUUCACCUUGUUUGCUAAAUCCACAUCUAUUGUUUUCCGCGUGUCACAACUUUGACUGUGGUUGACACUGAGAUGACACUGCUGAAUUUAUUUGCUGGAAGAAGACAGGAGCCAGUUUCGGCGCGCCAGCUGACUCGUCAAUGAGACUGUGUUAUGGAGCUAAACACCGAGGAGACUUGACUCUUGAGGGUUCUCCUGCAGCUGACACCGGUGUUGGUGUUUCGACAUCCAUGUUUGCGCCGACACUGGAACCAGAAGAAAGGCCACAGUCGUAAUUUAUUUGAUUUUUUGCGGGAUGCGUUGGCGUUUACCGGCAUCUGCACGAUGACACCUCAUACUGACACCGCACUUGAGUGAGCUGGGGUACCUUCUCCCAGGAAACAUGCAUAUCUGGGCCCUGAAAAUAAUCCUUGUGAUUGCAUCAUCUCUGAGGCUGGUCGAGAUGUAUGGCAAUUACGGGGAAAUCUGCCGCAACCUCUGCACAUGUGAGGAAAAGGAGGGCAUCCUCACCGUCAGCUGCGAGAACCGCGGGAUCAUCAGGCUGACAGAGAUCAGUCCGGUUCAGUUCUCCACAUACCACCUUCUACUGACGGGGAACCUCCUGAAGAAGUUGUCGGUCAAUGAUUUCAUCAAUUACACUGGAGUGACCAUUCUGCACUUGGGGAACAAUGACAUCUCCGAGAUAGAGUCAGGUGCCUUCAACGGACUCCAGGGAUUAAAGAGGCUGCACCUGAAUAACAACAAAAUUGACAUUCUGAGGGAUGAUACAUUUGCAGGGCUGGAGAGUUUGGAAUAUCUACAAAUUGAUUAUAACUACAUCAGCAACAUAGAGCCCAACACCUUGAGCAAACUGCACCAACUGACAGUGAUGAUUCUAAACGACAACCUGCUUUCUUUCCUGCCUCCCAACAUCUUCCGAAAUGUCCCUCUUACACACUUGGACUUGCGGGGAAAUCGAUUAAAAAUGUUCCCAUACAUCGGCCUCCUGGAGCACAUGGACAAAGUUGUGGAAUUACAGCUUGAAGAGAAUCCAUGGAAUUGCUCGUGCGAGCUGAUUGCUCUAAAAGCUUGGCUGGAGAGUAUUGCCUACACAGCUCUUGUGGGCGAAGUCGUGUGUGAGACGCCUUUUAGGCUACAUGGGAGGGACCUGGAUGAAGUGUCUAAGCAGGAGCUAUGCCCGCGGAGACCACAAGAUGACACAGUAAGGCCUGCGCCCCCUAGCAGCACCAACGGAUAUUACCAGACGGCACCUGCUACCGUCACAGCUUCCACCACCUCUUCGGCUGUCUUUCGGUCAUCUUCCAGACCCACCAAGGGCACACGACAAUUUAACCGAACUAGGUUAAAGCCCACUUCUCGACUUCCCGGUGGUAGCCCUUACAACUAUGGCCCUAUCAUUGCUUUUCAGACCAAAUCUCCUGUGCCUUUGGACUGCCCCACUGCCUGCACGUGCAAUCUGCAGAUAUCUGAAAUUGGACUGAAUGUCAACUGCCAAGAAAGAAAGAUUGAAAGUAUCUCUGACCUAAAACCCAAGCCAUACAAUCCGAAAAAAAUGUAUCUCACUGGAAAUUACAUUCCUGUGGUACGAAGAUCAGAUUUUGUCGACGCCAUUGGAUUGGAUUUGCUUCACCUGGGAAACAACAGGAUAACUGUGAUCCAUGACAGGGCUUUUGGGGAUUUAACAAAUCUGCGUAGGCUGUAUUUAAAUGGUAAUCUAAUGGACAGGCUCACAGGGGAAAUGUUUUUUGGGUUGCAGAACUUGCAGUACCUGUAUUUAGAGUACAAUAAAAUCAAGGAGGUGGAUGCGGGCACUUUCCGCUUCCUUACCAAUCUCCAGCUAUUAUUUCUCAAUAAUAACCUCCUAAAAACAUUACCUGUGGGCAUCUUUUCCAGCCUGUCCCUGUCUCGGCUUAAUCUGCGUAACAACCAUUUCCAAAACCUCCCUGUGAGUGGUGUUUUGGAUCAGCUGAAGUUACUGGUGCAGAUUGAUCUGUUUGAAAACCCCUGGGACUGCUCCUGUGACAUAGUGGGGAUGAAAAUAUGGCUUGAGCAGCUCAGUGCAGGCACGGUAGUCAAUGAGGUCAUGUGUGAGACACCCAAAAGGCACAUGAAAACAGACCUUCGCUCCAUCCCAUCGGAGCAGCUUUGCCCUGACUACUCUGAUGCCUAUGUCUCACCGACAUUCCCUACCGAGCAGCCCUUAGAUGACCGGGUCAUCCCCACAGAUGCUUCUCAUAGGUUCAACACCUCCAGCAGCACCGUGCCCCUGUCGGUCCUCAUCCUCAGCCUCCUGCUCGUCUUCAUCAUGUCGGUCUUUGUUGCAGCAGGGUUAUUUGUCGUGGUGAUGAAGAAGCGCAAAAAAUCACAGAGUGACCGUACUAGCACCAACAACUCUGACGUGAGUUCCUUCAACUUGCAGUACAGCCUUUACAGCAACCGCUCAGGCCCAAAAGUGAAGGCACCAGCUGGUCACGUCUAUGAGUAUAUUCCACAUCCAAUGGGACACAUGUGUAAAAAUCCCAUAUACAGGUCAAGAGAAGGAAAUGCAGUUGAGGAUUACCGUGACCUCCACGAGCUCAAGGUCACCUAUCGGAGUACCCCUGAUGAGGAGAGGGAUAGCAGUAUGUUGAGGAGCCCUGCUUACAGUAUUAGCACCAUUGAACCCAGAGACAACCCUUCCCCGGUCCAGGAUGCGGACCAUUUCUUUCGGGGGAUCCUUGAGCCGGAUAAGCAGUCCCCUCAUCAAUCCAUCCCUUCUCUCCCAGUGGGGGCCAAUUUAGAGUACAAGUACACAGGCCCGGUGUCAUACACCUAUAACCCCAAUUUUGAUGUCAGACGUCAAUUCCUGCACCCAGACAGGAUAAGAGAAACUGUGCUUUAUGGCACGUCGCCCAGUACUGUUUACGUGGAGCCCAACAGAAAUGAAUAUUUGGAGCUAAAGGCAAAACUGCAGUCUGAGCCUGAUUACCUCGAAGUUCUUGAGAAACAAACCACCUUUAGCCAGUUCUGAGCCGCAAAGUUGUUCAUGCAAUGAAGCAUUUUGCCCAAUUUUAAACCUCCUGGAAACUUUGUUUCUUGCGUGCCUUGGCACAACCAUGACAAACAGGAGGAAAGUGGGGGGAGUCCUAGCGGGGUGUGCCGAACAAUGUUAUUCUUAUUUCUGUAACAUGACAUUACAGGAAUGGCGGAUGAACACAACUGAUGAUGCAAAUUUUAUUUUUCCAUGGCAAUGUUCAAGUAACACAAAUACAAAAUCUGAGGUGAAACGGUAUAUCCAGCUUCAAUUUCAGGAACCCGUUCAUAGGGCAUAGUGUCAGAGUCAAAGAAGAAAAAAAAACAUGUUGAUGAUACAAUCACACCUGGACACAAUAAUAAAAAUGAAAAAAAAAAAAAAACAAAGACAACUGUACAGCAGAUGAUAAAACUGUCUAAGACUAUUUCCUGCUGUAGUCUGUAAGUAAGUAUUUAUUGAUAUAACCUGCGUCUUUUCAACAUCCAAUUUUUGAUUCUACAUCAGUAUUACCUAUGUCAUCAUACGCCACCAUCCUUUGAAAAAAAGGCUUUUGUUUUGUAGUUUCAUUUUGUGUAGCUCGGCAUUGUAAAGUGGCUUUUUUUAUUUGCGGGGAGAAAGAGGCACACCCCCAAUGUUCUACAAAGACUGUGUCAUUUCAUGAGGAAGAAAAAAAUUAGAAGUGUCUUUGUAUGCUUUCUGCACUUUUCUUGAAAUUAGAAGGCAACUUCAUGAGCUCUCAUAUAAAAGGAGAUUAUUAUAUUAAAAAGGAAUUUGGGUAUUCAUUCUUAAUAUAGCGUUAUCAAAACAAAAAAAAAAUUACUUAAAUGAUAUUUGAACUUUUUUAUUAUGUUGUGUAAUAAUGCUAUUUUAGUCUAUGUACACCUAUUUUUAUACAAGCAUUGGCAGAUUCUCUAUCCCUUAUCAACUUUAUGUUUUGGAUUGCUUAGCACUUCUUGCACUAUAUUGACCUAUGUUGUUGUCAUCAAAUAAACAUGAUGUCGGUUCUCAUGAUAUGAGCAAUGCAAGGCUGUUGGUAAUGAUAUGAGACAGGCUUUUUGGGGAUGGGUGCAGUCAUUCGUCACAUUAUAUGCUAGCCCCGGCAGCCUAUACUGUAUUUUCCGGAUGUUUUUCAUAAUUUGGCUGGAUGAAACUAUACGCACAGGGGUUUAGGGAUGUCCAAUAAUUAUUGGUAUUGGCCCGAUAUAAGCAUAAAACUGUUGUUUGUCUUCUUGUUAGUGUAAAAAUAUCCCCUCCCUCUAGCUAUGUCUUCUUCACUUGGAAAUGUAAUAUUGUUAGGAUCGGUGCCCUGACACUCCUAAAACACGCUUGCUUUGACGAUAGCUCAGGUAAUUCCAGUAAAUGUGUAUAUAGUCCAUUGCGACUGAUAUACAGUAUGUUUUUUUUUCCGCUUUAUGAUGCAUUUUCUUGACUCCGGAAAAUACGGUAUACUACAUUUUAGGCUGCAAUGGUACACCAACACAGAAGAAAGAGGAUCACUUGAAUGAAACAAGCUUGCAAUACAAUGUCAAACAUGAUACAAUCAAGGGGACAUUAUGUGUUCUCCAAAGUAUAUGAAUGCCACCAGUUGGCUAAUCCAAAGUAACUGUUUUUAUCUUCCCCUGGUCCCAAAAGAAGUUCAAGAUUGCUGCCAAGGUGAAAAACUGUAGUGUUACAAAAGCGAUACCUUUGAUGAUAUCUCCCUGGCCAGUACCUUUAAGCCAUGUGCUUUUUCAAGAGACCUGGACAUUAUAAUAAUGCCACUAAAAUCUAAAUAGUAAUCACUCACUUUAAAUUUGAUUUUAGUGUGGUCAAGGUCAUCAGAAAAUGCUGCAAAUGGGAAUAUUGCUGUUGUUUGUGCAAACCCCAGUGUAAAGUGUGAAACUGAAGAGAACCUCAAGCUAUUUUGGUAAUCAACAAACCCAAUACCCUUAUCCAAAUGGACCAUGACAAUGUUGUGGAUGGAUGAAGAAGCGGUAGCUGUGAUUCAGUCAGGUGUAGCCAGAGUCUCACUGAGGACUGAAAUCAAUGUAUUGCAAUCAGGGAAUGUUAUGUAAAGCACAACACUCUACAUCUUUGGAGGUUUAUUGGGGCCAACAUAAGACUUGUAUUAUUUUGUUUGUUUUUUAUAUUUAGUAGAUGGUAAUAAUUUUGCAUUUGAAUAAGGAAACAUGCUGAACAUGUGGUUUUGGAAACAAUGUGUCACAGUUGUGCUUGUCGACGUUGCGUUGCAACCCCAGGAUGCACAGAGCAGGAACAAAAUGCAGAUAAAAAGUAUUUUCUUUAAUGAUAAUUUGCUAUACAGCAGCAGAAAAUCAGCAACUGGCCAAACCAAACAAAUGAUAGACAAUGAACCAACAAAGGAAGGAGCACACACCUGAACUAAAUAGAUGGGAGUGAAAUUUGAAACAGGUGGGGGAGAUAGGAAAAGCAGGAAAACGGAAACAAGGCAAGAGAGGAAGUGAAUACAAAAAUAAGAGCAUCCAAGGAGAAACUAAACUAAAAAGAGAACAUAAACACACUGUCACGCAGGAACCAACACAGGUCGUGACACAAUGAGGCACUUGACCCACUUAAAUUUGAUAUACACAUAUAGUGUGUUUAAUAUAACCGUCAAGCUAAGCAAGCAGCAAGGUUUGCUAUGCAAAUGUGACGGGCAGGAAGUCUUUGGUAGUUGUCCAUUUCUCUGGAUAUCAGUUUCCAAUAGGUUACCUUUCUGUUAGAAAUGAGCCACCAUCUUUUCAUGGAAGACCCGAAUGAGAGCAGAAGGCACCAUUUGGGAGAUGAGGAGUCCUGGAACUGAAUGUAACUGUGGACGUGUCACAGACGUGUAGCAGGGGCAGUGAAUCAUAGCAAGGAUGUGUGUGUGUGCGUGUGUGUGUGUGUGUGUGUGAGAGAGAGAGUCUGUGGUGGCCUUUGAGAUAAUUUUGGCUGACAGAUUCUGAUAUGGAAGCAUUUUUGUUUCAUCAUAUAAUUAUAUAUUUCUGUGAAAUUCCCUAAAAUGUAAAUCAAUGUUGUUGUUUUUUUAAUCGAUUACUCUUUUCUAAUGAUACAUGUUUUACAUAAUCUGGGUGUGUACACAUUCUCCAAUCUGAAAGUCGAGCUAUAUCACUGUUAUGUACAAACGUCCUGGACUAAUGGGGGCAUUGCUAGUAUUUUGUGUGUAUGUAUGUGUGUGGAGUCCUGCCAGUUAAAUAAUGCUUUUAAUCAGCCAAUGGGCUUUUUAGGUCUUAACAUAAAUGCAGGCAGAAAAGAACGGGUGGUUUUAUGAUCCCUUUCCAUUAAUCUCUCAAAAGCUUUGACUGUGUUCACUGUUCUGUUGUGCUGCUUCCCAAUGUAGUCAGUGGUUAGAAUUGUUUAAGAAUAACUGGUAAAAAUGGCAACAGUAUUUUAUGAAAAACACUUAAUCUCCUUGAAAACAAGCCUGUGGUGAAAUAUGUAGGAGUGUAAAGCCUCAUGCUACACAAGUUCUCCUGAAUGUUGGCUAUGAACGCCAGUGCGUGGAGGCUUAUGCAAGGCAAAAUGUGGUCUGUGUGUGUUUGUGUCAAUGGAGGCUAGGUUUCUUCUCGUUCUGACCCUUGCAGUGGCAAGAGGAGUGACAAAAAGGGGGCUUCUGCCACCAUUAACAUCACUUUUUAUAACUACCAGACAGUGGAUGUUGGCUUGGGUGCAUUAAGUCGCAGCCGGUUGUUUUGUAACAGUGUACUAAAAAUACCAGGACAAUUACUUUAUAAUUAAAAUAUUGUUUGGCAGACAUGUGUUGGUAAACAGAAUCAGCGUGACAACACUAGUAUGCAGGCCUUAGGAGCUCCUAAUUUGUAAGUCCUCACUGGGUGCUUGUGUUGUAAAUCCAUAAGACACAUUCACAAUGCUGGUAGGUUUUUAUUCUUCAUAUUUCUUUUGCUCCUGUUAGAUAUUAUUACACCUUUACAUUUAGGCUGUUAGCCGCAGUCUAACAGCUUCUCAUAGAAGGCCUUUCUGACACAGACACACACUCCUGUAGCACAAUCAAAGUUGCACAACACUUACAGAUAACCAAUGAAAAAAUAGAUUUUCAUUUACAUGAACUUAACUCUUACGUGAACUUUUCACUCCUACACAAGCAUAAGUUUCACUUUCUAGAGGGGCGUGGCGACUGCUGUAAAGACUGUGUACUUUCACUCUGGGCUCCUCGUCAAUUUUCCUCAUUAACACUAUACUCCAGUAUAACUAACCAAAUGUAUUGCUCUUAUUUUUUAAUACAAAAACCGUGUGAUCAUUGUGAUCCUCAACUAUUUCCCUGACAGUAGUGCUGCGGCAAGAACCAUGAAUAUUUUUUUUUUUACACUUUUAUACUCCGAACAUAUGGAGCACAUGUGAACUACGCCACACAAAAAAAAUCAGAGUUUCAAUCAUGUGAAGAACAUCCUAAAUGUUAUUAUCAUUGUUAAUAUACCAGGUUCUGGUAUUAAAGGGUGUUUGUAAUGUCUUUUGGCAUGGUAGCCAUAUGUAUGCAUGAUAAUUAAGCUAAUACCAGCCUCUGUGGACACACAUGGGAGGUGGACACAUUCCAUAUGCUCCAGUGUCUGCCCACCACCCGCUUACAACCCUGAUCUGAGCAAUUGAGUUCAAGGAGAUGUAUGUAAUUGAGAGGGCAGGCAUGGCAUCUGACAGGCUCCGAUGACUCCCAUGAUUACUUUAAUCAGAGUGGUUAAUGGAAAUCCUUCAGGCAUGCAGAAAUGCGCAAAUGUUCAUCAGCACUCAACAGAUUCAUAGCCAAUGUCGCCGUUCCCAACUUAUGCAGCCGAUAUAUCCUUUUCAUGGUUCUGUUAAACAUUCACUGAUGGAUAAUCUGAAAUAAUUCUUACCACUUCCAAAUUGCAACAGAAUAUUACUAUAUUUGGCCAAAAUGUAGUAUUUCCAUCACAUUGUCUCUGAGCCUCUGAGUCCGAACCAAAUGUAGCCCUCAAGUUUUUUUAAUCGUAAUUGAGUUUCUGGUAUUUGUCGAAAGAUACGGUAUCUAUCCGAUAUUACCCCCUGCUUUCUUCGAUAAUUCAAAUGUCUUUUAAUAUUAAAAGACGGCAAUCUUCCAAUGUAGCCUCUUUGAUUUUUCUUCUGUAACAAGGUGUAAUAAGGUGCGAGCAUUAUGCCUUUUCUGCAACUAAUAGAAAAGAUUACAUAGUCAUUUUAUUUCUCCUGGUAUCAAUAUGUCUGUAAAACAAUAUGUCCUUCAACAACAAUGUAUGUACAUUCAACGCUUUCAUUGUUGAGCUCUCGUCAGACUUACUCCAAGGGCAGCACCGCGCAUUGCCAUGGUGACACCCCACACUCUAUGAGAGACCGGUCAUACAGGUGUUGAAUUGUGAAUUCAGCAUGUCACUUAUUAUUUACCCUGCAGGCUCAUUCAAUUUUCAUACGAAGAAUGAUGUGUUUACUUGUCGAAGCUGCCUCACACUUAGAUAUUCUGUUGUUAUUGCCAAAUUGGGCCUCUGUCGUGGUGUGUGAUGGCUUUGCAAAUGCAUCAUAAAGACCUGUAGGUGGGUGGCUUGUGUGUCUCAAGGCAGGGCCGACGCCACUCGGGCGAUUUACUGUAAGAUUUUGCUCGGUCUCUCUCUCUCUCUCUCUGAACAUGCACGACUUCUUCUCACCUACCCCCAUUUUGUUUCUAUCUCUGUUCUUUUCAAAGUGCGGCAAGGAUUGUGUGUCAGGAGUUAGAGUGCACGCUGGGUGAGCGUGCACAUAAUAAAACAGUGGGAGACAAGAGAAAGGCUUUGUCUCACUCGUUGGGUAGAUACUGUAUGUGUUAAAUAACUUGAGAAGGCAAACGAGUUUUCAACUUGAAUUUAAUGUCUUACUGCUUGAAUUGGGAUCGAGUGUGUUGGAUAAGAGUGCUUAGGUCCUGAAAUCAGCAAAGAGCAUUAGAAAUGUAUAGGUUGGUUCCUGUGAGGAUGUUCUUGUGGCAAUAGUGACGUUAAACUGUUUAGAAACUGAAGCGUUUUGAGAGUUUGGAUUUAAUACAAAUAAAAUCUAGAAAAAUAUUUUCCUGUCUAUGAAAGGACAGCAAUGGCAAGCGCUCCAGUUCACAUAUGCCGACACACCUUCAGGAUGAAGUGAGUACUGCAAGUACCUCGCAUAUGUCAUUUCUCUGUAUUACAUUGUCUGAAAAGCAAGAAUAAUGAUGUUAAACAUUAACUUUAAAGAUAUUACACAGGCUGUAGAAAGUCAUGGUGUAUAAUACAUGUUUCUGCAGCAUUAUUAUUGGGACAUUAUCAAACAGUAGUUGAGACGAGACGCUCUCUGUAGCCUGCCCUGUACAGGCACUUGAUCAGAAGAUGAAGUUACUGAGCAAGUUUUACUUAAAAAUAAGCUUUAAAUGAUUUGAAUCGUACAGAAAAUACAUUUAUAAUACAUUUACAUUUAUUUUAUGUUAUUGUUUUUGUUUUGUUUUUUUUUCAUCAUGCCUCUCCUUAUUGCAUGUCACUGGUUUCCACCAUAUUCUUCUUUCCACUGCCUCCUACUGGGGGAGUAAUAAGUGCAUAUCCUGCACUUACAAAUCAGAUAGUUCCUCCCCUAGUAAGUAUAAAUAAAAUAUAUAUGCUUCUAAAGCAAGGAUCAUAUGCAUCUGAUCUGAUUUGCCAUGCUGAAGUGUGCCAACAGGAGGAGUUAGCAGCAAAUCAAACCACAAGAGAUUUCUAACUCAUCUAACUGUCUUGACGUGAUUAUAAACCUUGUAUAAAUGUGUGGGGUAUCGUGGGAGUAUAUGUGCUUAUUGAAUUAUAGCUAAAUUAAACCAUUAGCGAGGAGGAAUUAAUCUAACCCACUGGAAAACUCCAUGUGACUGCGCUCAUAGGUUUGAAUUCAUCACAGGUUUUUUGAAGGGCAAGUCAAGAUUAUUAUUAAUGUUAUUUUUCUGUCUGUCCGCACGUACCCCUGUGACUGAUAGGUGACCAGUCCAGGGUGUAAUAUGAAUUUAUUCAAUUUGGAAGGAUAAUAAUGACAUUUUCAGCAGACGAUUGCCGUGCUUCAUAUUUAAAACUGGCCACACGGUGGACGAGUGGUUAGCAUGUUAGCACACAGUCUGGAGAUCAGGAAGACUAAGGUUUGAAUCUCUGUGUGUAGCAUCUCUGUGUGGAGUUUGCAUGUUUGUCCUCUGGGUACUCCGGGUACUCCAGGUACUCCAGGUACUCCGGUUUCCUCCCACAUUCCAAAAACAUACAUGUUAUUUUAAUUGGCAUUUCCAAAUUGUCCAUAGGCAUGAGUGUAAAUGGUUGUUUGUCUAUAUGUGCCCUGCCAUUGGCUGGCGACCAGUCCAGGGUGUACUCCGCCUCUCAUCCAAAGACAGGUGGGAUAGGCUCCAGCAUACGCUAGUGGUAUAAGGGCCAUAGAAUAUAGAUGGAAUAAUAUAAGAAUAGAAUAUAGAUAUUUCAAACUGGCAAUGUUACAGUAGCAAUAAGUAGUAAUAUGACCUUAAAAUGAAAGUGCCAAAAUGAUUUCAGUGGUACACUGUUGUUGCUAUGGUGACCAAUCUACUAGUAUUUCAGGGGUCUAUAAUAGUGGUGAGUCAGCUCUGACACCUCCUGCAUUGUGUUAACACAUUUGCUUUGCACCAAAAUUAACAGAAAAUGUUUGUCUUAAAAGUCAAGUAGGCACUACUUCACAACUGCGGGACAGUUCUGGAGCAACCCCGGUUUUAAUGUGACAUGCUAGAGUAUUAACGUCCAUUUAACAGAAUCACAUGCCCAUGAAACUAUUACGUGCAAAUGCAUUCAUACUUGGUCUUUCUUUGGCAAAAGAACACCAGCAGUGUUGACAAUCAAAGCUCCUCGCCACUUCCAUGCACCUGUGUCAUCCAGUUUGGCGUUUGUUAAAUAAAUCAUUAUCCCAUCAAGAUGCUGCUUUGCCGCUGCUAUUGGCUCCACUCAUCCUAGCGCAUUUGCUUUUCCCACUUAACGCUUUCGCUGCCACUACCAACGCCCUGCAUUUACUUCUCAUUCAACAUGAUUAAAUUAAUUAUUCAUAUCAAGAUAAUAGCAUGCCACUGUGCCUUAAACAUCCAUUUGUGUUGAAAAUUGUGCUUAUAACUUUUAAAUGGGAACGCGACUUCAAAUAAGCAUAAUCUUUUCAUUGCUUUUUAGUAAAUUGGGGUCCCAGUAGGUUCACACUUAAUUUGAAAAUUAAAAUAAUAAAUGUGUGCUCUUUAGAUUAGUUGUGUAACGAUAAUUAAGAUAGGGUCGGUUGUAUAGUGUAAAAAAAAUCAUAUAUUUUUUGUACCUUUCAAGCUGUUUUCAGAUGUAGCACUUCAGUGAAACUCAUUAUUGCUUCCCAGACAGAACAUGUUGGUGAUGAAAAGCCUUUUUAUUUAGUGCAACAAAACAGAUGCACAAUAUAUACACUGUAUGCGGGACUCAUCACCACAGUGUCACUGAAAGGUGAUGGUCAUGUGAAUGGCUUAGUUUCGUUUUAAUUAUUUAUUUAUCUAUUGACCUUUUCAAACGUGUUAGCAUGCAUUUGUUGCAAUCAGAGGUGUAUUUUUGUUCAGGCAUGAUCAGUUAAGCGGUUUGUUCAUGCAUUCCCACCAUUACUCUGUGGGAUUUAUAUGCACUUUAAUCCAGAAGAACAUUUGUAAGAUUCUAAGCACAGAUUUGUCCAAAAUGUCUUAAAAAGCCAAGAUUGAAUGAAUAAGUGUCUUGCUCAAACAGCUUGAAUAAAUAUUUCUACAUCCCAACAAUUUGUCCGUGAAGCAUACAUUAGUGCAAGUAUGCACUUAGUUAGCUUUUUAAAAGUGACAGUGUGACUGAUGAGUGACCUUGCCACCCUUUUGUCAACCGUACAAGCUGAAGGUCCUGAACUAAACUGCUUUGUCUGUGCACAAAGUCAUGGAAAAAAGGGGGUGGUUGUAUUGAUCUUUUGUUCCUUAGGGCUAAUUAUCCACUCUGCCACGAGUUCCUGUUAUUGAUGUUCUGCCCCUCUUCCCUUCUCAUCAUGCCAAUGGCUUAUGCUUAAAAACUCUAUGGAUUGCACCCCCCCAAGCCAUCCCCCGCCCCAGUCAUUUUCCACCUUCAAGCUGAAUAAACAGCAUAAGCUACUUUGGAGGGACAAACAUUUCAGGCUAUUAGCCAAUGAGCUCACUCAGAUGAGAUGAAAUAAAUGUAUACAAAUCGGUGAUGCUGAAUGACAAUUAAUGAAGACAUUUAUAAUAAGUCACAUGCAUUUCAAUAACACAACUAAAAGGAUUGUAUACAAAAUGGAAUGCAACAUGGUCAUCAUCCUUGACACAACCUUCUCCAUGAUCAACUGGCUGACAUGACAAAUCACAGAAAGGUAUAUUUUGACACUUUACUUUUAUCCUUAAAUGCUUUUUGGGACAGUCUAGUGAUCAUUUAAUAUGGGCCUGGUUGUUAUUAAAACAAGUGUCCCACUGGAGAGCAGUUCGCAAAAAACAAACAAAGCCGGGCUGACACACUUUUCCUCACGUCGCAUCGUCUCUUGCCUCUUUCACCCAUCACUAUGCUAGAGGAGUGAUUGAUUUACUUUUCUCUGCAAGUGAUGAUAAGAGGAAAACUCAUUAAUGCGGCUGCUAUGACAUACUAAAGGGUGCGUGCAACACGCUUACACUCCUCAGUUCUGCCCUUUGAAUACUCAUACAGCAUAAACAGCCUCAUCAAAGUGGGAGAGGAAAACUUUUAUUCCAACAAAACUUUGCUUCUUUACAGCAAAUUGUUUUUUUUUGGUUACAGAUAGUAUUUGUAGUAUGACAUUUUUUUAUGCAUACAAGGCAUCUUUGAGCAAACUCCCACUAUCAUUGCCGGGCCGAGUGUUCUGGUUUUCCCUAAUUAAAAUACGGUCACCCUAUAUUAUCAAAAAAUGCCAUAUUUCCACUACGUAUAACUGUUCACUUCAUCUUAGCCUUGUUCGGUUUGUGACGGUAAACCCUGAUCUGGUUUGGUGUGUGUGGACGAGAUGAUGAUCGCUGCAUCAAAGAUAGGCUUCAGUCAGUGCUAUAAAUAACAAUAUUUUAAUGCCCUGCUUUUGCAGCCGGUGUUAGGUCUAAUCGUCCCCAGACAUAUUUGCCAAGAUUCAUCUCUUGACUUGAAUCCAUCUCUGAAUAUAGCUUCCAUUAAAGCCUGAGCUUCAGCCCAGUGGCAGACAAUGGCUGAUGUUCGCUUGCUCACUCUGCGAUUUCUCCCGCUGAGAUAACUGCGACCAGAUUAUCAUAUAUCUUCUUUUAAAAAAAGCAUCACAUGAAUGGCCUCCAUUGUCAGGGACAGUCCUGUAUCUGUCAGUCGAGUAAUUUCAUGCAAAUCCUUUGAGUUGAGUCAGUUUGAAUUCAUGGCGUGGAGGUAAUUUACUGGGCAACGCGCCACAAAGACUGUCUAUUGAGAUCUCACGACAAACACGCUGAAUGCUAAUCAGGCGGCGACGUCCAUUGAGGUGACAUGUGUUAUAAUUUUGCACAAGCUGAGAAAAUCGGAAGUAAGUUGGACAUAUGUACUCAGAUAAUACACACUCAAAUAUAUACUACAGAAAUUUGCACUGCUUUUUUCACAUUCAUGUCCUUGGAAAGUUGGAAUGCAAGCAUAACUCUACAGUGGCAGACGGUGCAUUUGGUAUGUGGGUCUUCAGUGUUAAGCAACCUAAUCCACAUCUUAAUACCACCUCUAUCACAACGCCAUUAUACAAACCAUCAAUAAUGUAUAAAACUGCAAUGUUUUACUUUACAGAAUUGGGGAUUAAUACCAUUAUUACUGAAGCAAGUUAACCCAUUAUUUUUGAAUACGCCAUAUCGAAACAACUCCGGCCCUCUACACUACAAUAGUAUAUGGAAUAAUUCAGAAUCAAUUUCUAGUAACAUGACAAAGGAAAACACUCACCAAAAUAUGCUACUUACAAGCUACCGAUCGUUGAUAGACCUAUCCUUAGAUUGUCUAGCAAAUUGAUACAGGCUCUUCUUUAUUGACCAAUAAGGCAAGCAACGUUUCGUUUGUAUUACCUCUCGCAACUGUUUGUCAAACUGCACUUUGUUUUGCUCUGAUCAACCAAUCAGAGGAUGAAAAAAUUUAGAUUUUAGCGUAGGCUUCUUGUCGCCAAGGUUCAACUAAUGGACGUACUCUUCUCCCCAGAACCCUGCAAUAGACUCUCCCAGUGAGGCUGUGUAGUGUAAUCCCUAUAGUUGGAACACACCCUCCGGUCACCCUCCUUAAAAAGAGGGACCACCACCCCGGUCUACCAAUCCAAAGGUUUUGUUCCCGGCUUCCAUGCAAUGUUGAAGAGCCAAAACAGUCCCUCAACAUUCAGAGCCUUGAGGCUUGAGCCUUAUAUCUGAGUGUGAAGCUUCUUGGAUGAGAGUAUGAUCCUCCAAAUCAAAGGCCAUGGUUCUCAGACGGAAAAGGGUGGAGUGCUCUCUCGAGGUUGGGAUUGAGGUCCUACCGCAGGUGGAGGAGUUCAAGUAUUUUGGGGUCUUGUUCACGAGAGAGGGAAAGUGUGAGGUCGAUAGGCCGAUCGGUACAGCGUCUCUAGUAAUGCGGUCGCUAUACCAGACCGCCAUGGUGAAAAGAGAGCUGAGCCGUAAGACAAAGCUCUCAAUUUACCGGUCGCUCUAUGUUCCCAAACUCGCCCAUGGUCAUGAGCUUUGGGUCGUGACCGAAAGAACGAGAUCAAGCGGCUGGAAUGAGUUCCCUCCUUAGGGUAGCUGGACUCACUCAAAGAGAUAGAGGGAGGAGCUCAGUCAUCCAGGAGAGGCUCAGAGUAGAGCCGCUUCUCCUUCAAUCAACAUGCAUAUAUUCAUUGGGUUGGUCACUUCGUUCCAGCCCCACCUCACUCCACACUAUUGAAUUUCACUUCUGCUCACAGAUUGAUCAUUUCAGUGUUUUAAACUUGAUCUAAUUGCUUUAAAAAAAAUCUCUCUGAAUGUGAUGUAGUGUGUGUGAUUUUAACUUAACAGCAAUAGCUAGACUGAUGGUAGGAAUCAACGUGGUUGCUGGAGAGGCGCCAGUUGGUGUCUUAUGCCUCAAGGCAAGGCACUGGACCAACCAACUGCUUGGUGAUUUCAUUGUGCAGCCGCCUCACUGUAACAUUUCCACAUUAUCUCUGUAUAUAUCCAUAGGAUUGUAUUGUGUUUGAAUUUAUGGUUGGUUGGGCAAAUAUGUGAAUCAUUACAGUGCAUUUCUUACAUCAAUCAAAAUAUAACUUUCCAUUAUUUACAUUUGUAUUCAACUAUCUGAUCCCAAGCCCAAAAGGAGUAGGCUGAAGCAAAAGCUUAUAAAUGUCUACCCCUUUUUGCAGGAUAUAAUCAUGUUCAUGCCACUGUCUUGUUUCCCCUGUUAUUAUUAUCAUCAUUAAUAUUAUUAUUAUUAUUAUCAUUAUCAUUAUUGUUAUAAUCUUUAUCAUUAUUACCAUCAUUAUAAUCAUCAUUAAUAUUACCAUUUUCAUCAUUAUAGUUAAACAUUUUGUGAUUUUUUAUUUUUAAUUAUCUAAUUUUACAGACUUCAUUGCUUCUUGUAGAGUGUAGAGAUUUCAUCUGUUAUUUUCUGAAAUCCGCAGUCUUUGUGUGUCAAUUUAUUAGCCCACUUUUUUGUGACAUUUACUUAUUUUCUGGAUUGCAUGUGCCUAAUCUUGUGCAUUAAAAAACAAGAACUUGAGACUGUGUCUGGACAGGUGACCAACCCAAACAUCAGUUUCUUCCUGUUAAACCCUACCUGAGGUUUUUAGACGUGUUUAUUAGUUUGUGUGUGUCUAGUCUAGUGCAUUAGGAAGCAAGGUUUUAGGUCUGUGCUCAAACCAAUUUUUGAAGCUAUGAUGUCUUGCUGUCCCUUAUUACUAUUUUUUGUAAAGUAAUAAUUAAUAAUAAUUAAUGAUAAUAAUAAUGAUAAUCACUAUCUCUAUAUUUAUGCAUGUUAGCCUAGGUACCUCUAACAAUUUAUAGUUACAAAGGUAUUAAGGUAAUAUUCUUACAUAUCUCAUAUCAGUCAAUCAGAGAUUCCAGCAGAGAUGACAAGACAGUAGAAUGAUCACUAUUAAAAUACCAUUCCCACUUAUAUUUAUAAUCAGACACUUAGCUUGUACUGUGUCACAUUUCAUUGAAUUUACAACUAAAUUAAAUUCAGUAGUGCCACCAAUGUAGACAGUUCCCCCCCGGGGAAAAAAUAUAUACAUUUAUAUAUACACAUACAUAUACACAUACACACACACACACAUAUAUAUAUAUAUGUAUAUAUAC